UGGAGUCUCCGAAUUUCGAAAACUAUUAAGUGUAAACUACAGAGCUACGUCCCCACUCUCCACGUGUCCCUUUGGUUUGCUUUCGGAUCGCCGGCAAUGCAAUACCUGCUCUUCCACCACCACCACAUCAUUCACCUGUAAAUCAUUGCUGUCCCUUUCGUUUCUCUCACCUCAAUCGGCGCCUUAAUUUCAAUUUUCGAUCAAUACUAAUUCGAUCCACGUUGCAGAACAAGGGUUCAGUAAUUUCACCGUUUUGAUCGAGACCCUGCUCCGAUCGGUAGGGUUUCAUCUCAAUCGGAAUUGUUGUUUGUUUUAUAAAAUUUCAAUUCGAGGAUUAUCGUAUAGAGGUACAAGAUAAGAUAAUGAGUUUUCAAGAUAUCGAAGCUGGUCGCCCGCUCAAUUCGAGACGCGGUGGCUACAACAAUGGCAUGAGGAAACAGGAUCCGACUCAAGCUGUUGCUUCUGGAAUUUUCCAGAUCAAUACGGCAGUCUCUACGUUUCAGAGGCUAGUAAAUACCCUUGGUACUCCGAAAGACACCCCUGAGCUUCGAGAAAAGCUGCACAAAACCAGACUACAUAUUGGGCAAUUGGUGAAGGAUACUUCAGAUAAACUCAAGCAAGCAAGUGAAACAGAUCAUAACUCUGAUGUUAGUGCCAGCAAAAAGAUUACUGAUGCUAAACUUGCAAAAGAUUUUCAAGCAGUUCUUAAAGAAUUUCAGAAAGCUCAGAGACUUUCAGCUGAAAGGGAGACAGCUUACACACCUUUUGUUCCUCAAUCUUCUCUUCCUUCUCGUGAUCCAGCCAGUGAAAUGGAUUUAAGCUCAGACAAAAUUCAAGAACAACGUGUUCUUCUUGUGGACUCCAAAAGGCAAGAGGUUUUGUUGUUGGACAAUGAGAUUGCAUUUAAUGAAGCGAUCAUUGAGGAAAGAGAUCAGGGAAUACAAGAGAUCCAGAAUCAAAUUGGGGAAGUAAAUGAAAUUUUCAAAGAUCUUGCUGUUUUGGUUCAUGAUCAAGGAGCAAUGAUUGAUGAUAUUGGGACCAACAUUGAGAAUUCUCAUGCUGCCACUUCACAGGCAAAAUCCCAUCUUGCAAAAGCAUCAAAAACUCAAAGAUCAAACUCUUCCAUGACUUGCUUGCUUUUGGUGAUUCUUGGAAUUGUGCUUCUGAUAGUGAUCAUAGUUCUUGCAGCUUGAUCCUCAACAUUUACCAAAAUAAAUAAAAUCAAACCUGUUUUAAGUGAUAAAUAGCAGCCUUCAAGAAACGUUUUUUUGAGCAUGUGUGUUUCUUUAAGGCCAGGUGGCCGAUUCUUCUUGUUUCCUCGCAUCAUAGAUAGUGUUUGUUUGCUUAUGUAAAUCUGAUUAUCUGAUUCUUUAUGUCGUUUGUUGAUGUUUUGUCGGUA